AUGAUUCAACUUCCCGCAGCUCCGAUGGGCGUUUCCCUCUCUGCUUUUCUCAAAGGUGCGGCGACCCCGACUGUCUCUUGUGAAAUUCCUGCCCUGGCAUCAGCCCUUUCGUUCCACAGAGCUCAACACUCUUCUCUUCAACCAAAGCCAUGUCUGUGUGGGAUGACUUGGACCUGCUCUUAGACUCUCCCUCUUCCCUGACUGUGAAUUCCAACACCAGAGGAACUGUGAGGGACAGGCCAAACUUCAAGGUGGAGGAGGAUGUGGCUACUCUCAGGAAAGCGAUGGAAGGUCUUGGUACAACAGAAAAGAGUCUGAUCGAGGUGUUGACGAAGAGCAGCAAUGCUCAGCGUCAGCUUAUAGCUCGGGCUUAUGAGAAAACCACAGGAAGGAAAUUAAUCGAUGACCUGGAGGGCGACACCCAUGGAGACUUUGAAGACCUGUUAGUGGCCCUGGUGAAGGAUCCAGCGGUCCACGACUGCCAUGAAGUCAUUAAAGCCAUCAAGGGAGCAGGAACCACUGAGAGUACGCUGACAGAAAUCUUCGCCUCCAGAUCUAACCGACAGAUUAAGGCCCUGUCUGAAACAUACCUGGCUGAGACGGGACGAGCGCUGAUUAAGGAUCUGCAGUCGGAGGUGUCGGGAGAUUAUGGCAAAGCUCUCCUCAUCUUGGCCGAGGGGAAAAGAGAUGAGAGCACCCAUGUGGACAAUGCCAAAGCUAAAGCUGAUGCUAAGACUCUGUAUGAGGCAGGAGAGAAGAAGUGGGGGACCGACGAGGCCAAGUUUAUCGACAUCCUGUGCCAUCGGAGCGUUCCCCAGCUUCGACAAACCCUGAUUGAGUAUAAAAAUAUCAGCAAGAAGACUCUACAGGAGAGCAUCGAGAGCGAGAUGUCUGGAGACCUGGAGGAGCUACUUGUGGCUGUUGUGAAGUGUGUGAAGAGUGUUCCUGCGUAUAUGGCUGAGAGGCUUUUCAAGAGCAUGAAGGGAGCAGGCACCACCGAGUCCACUCUGACCAGGAUCAUCGUCAGUCGCUCAGAGAUCGACUUGUUGGACGUCAGAGCCGAGUACAAGAAGCUGUUUGGAUACACACUCUACUCCCAGUUAGAGUCUGAAGUGUCGGGCAACUAUGGCGAAGCUCUGAAGACUCUAUGUGGCCAAGAUGACUAACUCCUCACCGAUCGUGUGCCGUGAAACGCAGCUUCAACCCGUGACUAGAAUAACUUCUGACGACCAAAGACAAACACUUCUACAGUGCCAUAUGUACGAAUAAUUAAUGUUUAAUUAACUGUAAUAGUGGGUGGGGUCGACCACCUAAAACAUUUUGAAGUUUGUAAUCGCAGCUUAUUUCAGUCUUAACAGGACUCAAAAUGUUGAAAUGUCUAAUUGCAUCAAUUCUUUCCACUCUGUGACGGAUUUUGUAACUUUUUUUUUUUUUACUACAUGUACUUUCUUUUCCGAGACACUUUGGUUAAGUUUGGAUAUGAGAUAACUAAUGUAACACACACCUUUCUGGAAGUGAGUUGAUUUCUGACAUUCGCUCACCUCUGUGACUGCAACUUCCCUUCAUAUUUUCAAGCAUUGUCCCUGAAGGUACUGAAUUGGUUCAAAAAAUAAAACUUUACUGUCUUCAUAUGAAUCCAGUGAAUGCAACAUGAAUAAACUGCAGUGACA